CCCACCUACUCCUUCUGUUCCCCUGGAGAGGAGGGGGGAAUGGCCCUUCCCAAACCCCCAGCAGAUCAGAAGUGACCAAGGAACCAUUGGGACCAGGCACAGAGAGGGGGGUGGGAGCGAGACACGGCCCGCGAACAUGAAGUGCGCCGGGAUUGCAGUGGGAGUUUGUCUACUGAUGGUGCUGUGUCGAGUUGGCGAGGGACAAGCGGCAGAAUGUGCAGAAUUGGAGUCCUGUGCAUCUUGCGUUACUGGCAAUGCUUUACUGAACUUAACAAACUGCGUAUGGGUACAUUGUCAGUCAGAAAUCUCGUGUGUUGCAAAGGAUGCAGACAAUCUCACAGACUGCACUAUCUACAAUGAGUCUUUGACGUGUGACGUUCUACAGUUAACCUCUGUUCCUGCCACCAACAUCACUAGCACUACGACUGUCUCCAAUACUACAGCUGUCAUGUCUACCACUAAGGAAAUUUCCACCGUAACUGCAGAACCUGCCACCAGCACCACAGAGAUUCCAACAACGGCUCCCGUGUAUUCACCCUCCAGCUUUGACCCUGCCAGUUUCAUUGGUGGAAUGGUGUUGGUUCUAGGGGCUGAGGCAGCAUUUUUCUUCGCAAUCAAAUUCUUCAAAGCACGAGAUGGAACCUACCAAACUCUGAUAUAAUCAAAGGAUGGAAGUGCCGGGUUUGAAGUGGCCAAACUGCGCUCUGUUUCCCAACAAACAUUUAAUAACUGACGUUCUCCUCACUAAUGUCACAUUUGUACAGCAUUUCAAUGGAUGGAAUUACGGUUCUGUUUGCCUUUGACGUGAUGGAUGUAAUUUGCGGCAGAUGCAAGAGUAUGUUCAGGACUAGUCUCUGCAUUGGCCCCAAUAAUACUAAGAAUAUGCACCAGGACCUUUUAACAAGAACAUACAGUAAUGGUUUGACUUAACUAUUGAGCCAAACCCUGUAAAAUGGAGUGUUUUUAUCUUAUUGACUGUUGCUUUGAUCAUGUUUGGUUUAAGAUCAAGUGUUUAUCUAGUUUUAACAAAAUUUAAUUAUGAACUUAAAUUUAUUGUGUUGCUGUAAAUGUUGCUUCCUGAAACCUUACACAAACGUUCCUCUACUGGAGAAGAAAAGGCUGCGAGAUUUGUGUUCCAAUGUCAAGUAGGUUCUGGCUUGCAUUUGGCCAUUUGGAAGACCAUUUUGAAUAGCGUUCUGUACAUCUGUUACUUGCUAGCAAGUCUCCCAUGCACAUUAUAUCUGCAGUGGGACCUCCUGCUCUGCUUGGCCUUGCUGUGGUUUAAUGAUCCAUCGGUGCUUUGGUUAAAUUACUGAAGGUGCUGUUGACAUUACAAUGUGUUUUCCUCCUCCUUCCCUCCUCAUCUACCCAAGUAACUGAUGCACUUUCUUCAGAGGAUGUCCUACUUUCAUCACCUAAGAUGCUGUGCUCCAUUGCUGCAUCUCACUUUGGGCAAACCUGCAAUGAUGUCUUUGCCCCCCCCCCCCCCCCCAGGUGACAGCCUGAAGUAAGCUGGUGGAGGUAGUUUGUGUUCCAACUCUUCCCUGCUCAACAGCAGUACAACAGUUCGGAAGUAGACAUGGCAAGCAUGGUGCUGUAACUGGACAGCAGUCAAUUUGAAUCAAACCUAUACUGUUGACUGACAGCUAAGCCUUGUACAGCUGUGUAUUUUAAGUAAAUAAUUACAUUUUUCCCUUGCCUUGGAUAGAUUAGCUAAGGUACUUGCCAAAAAGAAUAGCUUUGCAUUGUCAAUUCUUGGGUCUAUGGCAUUACUGUCAAUAAUUACACCAGGUGGAAUUGCAUCCUUGCUCUGGGAAGCAAUUGCAUUGAAGAAUGGAGGGGUUGUGGUGCAUGGAGCCUUGCUUGUGUCCUGAGCUGCCAGGAGUACCCUGUAGUAGCUGAAGAUAAGUUCCAUUUAUUGUGAGCACAUCAUAGUAUUUAGGUAGAUGGGAUGAAGCAACUUGGCUUUUUUUUUUGGUGGUCCUUUCUGAUCCUACCAGCUCUUCUGUUCUAUUCUCUGGAAAAGUUCACUUCCCAGUUUAAUCUGUCAAUAUGUAAGUCCAUUGUCCAUUUUGAAUCCAUGGCUGCUAUUCUUUAAUUCCCUCCAGAAAUAGCAGGAAUAUGCACUCCACGAUAUUGCCAGGGAUAGAGGUGGUAUCAUGUAACUGCAGCAGUGAAGGCUCUGCUAUUAAACUCUUCUAAGUGAUUAAUCAUUACCAUUGAACAUGUUAUCUUGUUAGGGUCAUGUUUAGCUCCUGUGUCUUUCCACUAACAUGUCAGAAAAUGCACCACAGGAUUGGAUUGUUGUAGCAGGAGAAACCCAGGGAGUCUGAAAAUAAAUUCAAUGCCAGUGCCCUCCUGGCCAAUCUUGAAUCUCCAUGGAUGUGACCUCUCAAAAUUCUGCUGCCCCAUAUCCCAACUUGUACAUUUUUCCAACCACCCUUCACCUCAUUGACCCAACUGGCUCCCAGUCCAGCAACACCUCAAUUUUAAAAAGCCUCAGCCUCGUUUUCCAUCCAUGGGUCUGAUCUACAAUCCUUCCAAGAUAUUUGCAAAGCUGAGAACGUUUCCCAAUUAUGCUAGGAAUACUUUCCUGGCUCUGAGCCCUAUCCUGGGAUUUCCAUGUAGUCCUGCCAGGUUUUUGAUCACACCCCUGUGAAGUGCCUUGGGAUGUUAUUGCUGCCACCUUGCAAUAAUUCCCAUCUUUUGAAGUCUCUUUUUUUUAAAACAAACUUGGAUUUUCACAUUUAUUUACAGCCUCUUGAAAUUAAUCACGUGCUCCCUUAACCCAUCUUGCAUAGACCUGAUGCAGCUCAGACUCCCAACUAACCCAUUGACGAGUACAGAAUCUCAUGCUGUCUAAUCUGUUUCUAUGAUCUUUGAGAACACAUCUGACCGUUCUUAAUGAGCACCAAAUUUCAGCCUUUGCGUACCUGCCACCUCCAACUCCCACUCCCACUCCCAAAUUAAUGGGCCAAGCCACCUUCUGCAGCCUUGCUGUUCAAUCUAAUGAAGAGGCUGUUAGAAGGAACAACUUGCUUAUCUAAUUCUUGCAUGUUUUCGAGUCCUAAAAGGCUUCACAGUCAACUAAUGGCCUUUCAAGUGGAAGAAAGGAGGGCCAGGAAAAAGCUUGUGCAUCACAGGUUUGUGGUGAAGAUUGUGCCGGGAGUUGUGCUUACCGAUUCUAAUUGCUGUUGUUGCCUCCGCAAGAUAAUGGAACAAAACUAUUCAUGUGGCUUUGGACGAUUUGGUGCACAUUUGUCCUAGAACAUAGAACAUUACAGCACAGUACAGGCCCUUCGGCCCACGAUGUUGUGCUGACAGUUUAUCCUGCUCUAAGAUCUAUCCAACCCAGGGAGGUCUGGUGGUGCUCGAUGGACUAAGUCAUAACUUGGCUUUGGUCCAAGUACUUUUCAAUCUAUUAUUUACCACUCUUUAAUAAGUCUUUUACAAUACUGGCACAAGUUUAAUCUUGAUUUUUAACUGCUAAAAUGAAUACCAGAUCUAAAGCAUCAGCUAAUGGUAAUGGAGACCAACCUACUUUGGAAGCUAUUUCUAAUCUGGAUAGAAAGUUUGACCGGAGCUUUGCCGAAUUGAAGUCCAUUUUACAGGACUUUGAAGAAAAACAAAAUACUCUUAUCCAGGAGAAUGCCAAACAAAGGCAACUAAUUGCUGAACUCGACCAAGCUGGUAAAGAGAGAGAUGCCAAACUUCAUUCACUUGAAAAAGCUUUAAUUAUGACCAAGCAAAACCUGGAGAAGCAACAACAGAGGAUCAUCGACCUGGAAGGACGCAGCAGGAGGAAAAAUUUAAGGAUCAUCAACUUUCCAGAAGAUCUAUCCAACCCUUCCCUCCCACAUCGCCCCCCAUUUCUCUAUCAUUCAUGCACUCUCCCUGUCAUUCCUCCAAGUGUGCAGUUGUAAGAAUCCAACUCUUGGUGUAGAGCUGAAAUCUUCAGCACCACUUCCACACAACAGAAGCUUCUCAGUUCCCACCUGACAUCUUGAGUAAAAUUGAUCUUGUCUGAAACUGCUGUCACCCUUGUUUCUGAUACAAGACUCUUUGUUAUUCCCUUCACAUUGCAAGCUAUUUCUAUUUUUUGUUCACCCAAACACCAGGUCAUUGGCCUUGAGUGUCACGUCAUGAGUUGGCCUGGGUGAGGGAUGAUUGCAAUUAUGGGGAUCUGCUUUUUAAAGUUCAUGUUUUUGUAUUGUUGUCCCCCCCCCCCCCCCCCCAUCCCAUUGUCAUUGGAUAGGUUUCUGGCAGAGGUCUUUAGCCUCUAUUAUUAUUUUUAAUUUCUUUUUGUGACUCAUCAGCUAAAAAGCGAUGCCGAUUUGGAGACUGCAUUCUGUUUUGCAAUUAUACCAAAGACUCCACCACUCCCCCCCCCCCCCCCCCACCAAAACUGAUGAGGAAAAUUAGACUAUGAAGGUGCCUUUGUCAAUGAUGGCAUUCACACUUGAAUAACUAAGUGGUUGCAUUGCCUUAGGGUGACGGUUUUAGAAAUUUCAGUACAAGUUUUAAAAACUGCAUAGAUGAUUCCGCAGCCUCCCGUGUGAAUGUUUUAUGCUGACUAUUUGUGCUCCUGCAAAGCAAAAUGAGGAGCAGGAUGUACACUGGAAAUGCUGAGUUAUUUUUAUGGUCUCUCAAGUUUGGACAAAAGUCUAGUGACAUCAAUUCCAAUGAGCUUGCUACUUUGAACUUGCUGUAUAUCAACAUUCUGUCCAUUCCAACAACGGUUGGCACUAGCUGGUGGGAAGAAUGAAAUUUUACUCCCUUGGGGGUAGUGGGAAGAAUGAAAUUUUACUCCCUUGGGGGUUAUUCCUGAAUGGAAUCUUGAUUACAACCAGGAAUUCUGCUCCAUUAUUGAACCCUUUGAUGGCCCUACCAAAGCAUCCCAAUUUGGCCAGUGUCUGCUCCAUGAAAGCUGGUCUUAUUUGACAUUGUUAAUGUACAUACAAAACACAAGUAUAACCUUUCCCUGAUCCAUGAACACCUAAACUGGCCAGGAUGCUUUCAAUCCUCACAUGAUUGAGGAACCAGACUAUUAAAUGCCAAUAAACUUGCUAUUGUUUCUUUAUUUUGACAAUUUAUUCAUGUCGUCUUUUACAAAGUAACUCAUUGAUCAACAAAAUUCCAGUUUCUCACGGAGAGCUUCAUUGGAUAUAGUGCAGAGAGAAGGGUAAACUUUCUAACUUGGUCUAGUGCUGGUUAGUAAUGAGGCUUGUUAUCAAAAUGACUCAUUCUGGUCUUUUGUAGUAUCAUGGAGUCUGAACUACUUUUGUAAAGCAAAAAAAAACAAGUUACAAUAGUUUGAUUUCAGCUUUAACCAUACUUGCCAAAUUGGAGGCAGUUUUGCAACUAUGGCCCUGUGCCGUCAACAAACGAAGGGAACUUCGCUGCCGCACUCUGGGUUUGGCUUGGAUCGAGGGCUCAUUGGCACUAAUCCCAAUCCACCACCCAAUCCUUGUCAAUAUUGCAGGCUGCCAUUUAAUGGGCACUUGAGUUUCCUAAAGGACAAGGUGAGAAAAUUCCAUACUCUUGCAGUGGAAUAUGCUUUUGGGACCAUCACACUUCACUGCUUUUGAGUGUGAUACGCCAUCCUUAAACUCUCUUGUUCUCAAUCCUGUUAUCACAUCUUCAUUGUUCAGUUGACUUAGCUGUGAGAUCAUUGGUAUAUCUUCAAACAUUUGCAUCCUAAUAUGCAAGAUUUUAAUGUUGCCACCUUCCAUAUGUGGAGUGUUUGUCUUUGAAGCAUCAAAUAAUUACACAAGAAAAUGAUUACAUUUUAUCACUAAUUGUGGACUAACGACCACAAUGCAUUCGUUGUAUUUUGUUUCCCUUUUUCUUUGCUACCCAGUACUAGAUGGAAUAAUUGUGACAGUUAAUGGUUCCUUCCUGUUAAGGAUUUAAGAUGUUGUUAACCUAUAUCUGGGCUGUGUACAUCAACAGCACAAACUCCCCUAACUGCCUUGUAAGUGGCUUUGCUGCACAGAUAUUGUGUUUAAGGUGCCUUGUGUCGAGUAAGUUGUAAUAUUUUCUAUUCUGGCAGUGAGUGGAUUUGUUCAGUGCAGUUUUUUUUGUUUUAGUUCCCUUUGAUGGCAAUCAAAGCCAGGAGUGUGAAAGAACCAGUUCAGUUUUGUUUCUUGAUCCUAUUUAGAGCAUUGUUGGCAUAUGGAUUUCCACACUUGUAUAUUUUAAAAAAAAGUACCUGCCAUAAUUUGUCACCAGUAAGGUAGAUUAUUUAUUUACAUGGAUGAAUGGUUUGGCCCUUUUUAAAUGUUUGUCUUCAAUGGUUUUUAUAUAAAUAAUUUUAGGAAACUGCUUGGAUUGUGAUUGCACUAUUUUGAUCACUUGUAAUCAAGUACUUGUAUUCUGGUAUGUGAACUACAUGCCAAUAAUUUUACUGCUGUGAUAUUAGUGUGAAAGGAAAAUUAAAAUUUGUUGAAAUAACUGGUGUGGUUGCAUUUUUGUUUAUCAUGUUUUGCAUCUCAAUGCACUAGACCUCAAAGCCUGACUUUUCAAUUCAACUCCAAUGCUUCGCUAAAACACAAGGGGGAUAAUGGAGGUCCCUUUUCAUUGGUGAAUGGUAUGUUCAGUUAUAGAGUAUAGUUGUUUUUUAGAUUGCAAGUUUUUCAUUGUACCUGUACCUUGCUGUACUUGUGCACAUGACAAUAAAUUUGACUUGACUUUUCAAACAAA